AUGGGCUCAGUAGAGACCCAGACGCCUGUGGCGCCCGACUUUCGCUACAUUCCGCUCUCCUACAGCCAUGCAGACUCACAGGCAACAGCCCUGAGGCUCAUCUUGACCCUGAACCCCCACUGGGAAGGUCCAGGCAACAACAUCGAGUUCGUGCGGUUCACCGACGGCAUCACCAAUACCCUCUUGAAAAUCAUCAACCUGAAGCCCGGCCUGACUGAGGAACAAAUAGACAAUGAGGCCGUAUUGAUGAGGGCGUACGGAAAUGGAACAGAGAUCCUGAUAGACCGCGAAAGAGAAACCAAAUCACACGCCCUACUCGCCAGUCGCGGUCUGGCCCCGCCACUCCUCGCCCGCUUCCAAAACGGCCUGCUCUAUCGCUUCAUCCGCGGCAAGCCCUGCGGCCACCUAGACCUGGUUUCCCCACCCAUCUGGCGCGGCGUGGCCCGUCGCUUGGCGCAGUGGCACGCGGCGCUCCCCAGUAGCGGCACAGCCCUCAAGGAUGCAUCUGAGCUGGAGCAGGACCCCGAGAUUACUGUAAUUAAGCCCCGUCGCGCAGGCCCGUCGAUCUGGGCGGUGUUGCAGAAGUGGGUGCUGGCCCUGCCUGUUGGGACACCGGAACAGCGGGCGCGUCGAUUAAGCUUGCAGGCGGAGCUGCAGUGGGCGGUGGAGCUGUUGGACGAUGGAAAGGGAAUUGGUGAAGAUGGGCUCGUUUUCUCACACUGUGAUCUUCUCUGCGCGAACGUGAUCGUCCUCCCUAGCGACGGUAACACUGUCUCUGAAGAUGUCGCCCCUGUCAACUUCAUCGAUUACGAGUAUGCCGUCCCUGCGCCUGCCGCGUUCGAUAUCUCAAACCACCUCGCCGAGUGGGGUGGUUAUGACUGCGACUACACCAUGAUGCCAACCAAGUCCGUGCGCCGUUCAUUCCUCACCGAAUACACCAGCAGCUACUGCGAGACGAGCGGUCUAGACGCCGCGUCCCAGGCAGAGAUCGUCGAUCGCUUGUACGAGGACGUCGACCGAUUCCGAGGCAUGCCCGGUCUCUACUGGGGUGUCUGGGCACUUAUCCAAGCCCAGAUCUCACAGAUCGACUUCGACUAUGCCAGCUACGCCGAGAUCCGUCUUGGUGAGUACUACGCCUGGAAGCGCGAGGUCAACGGAACCCGCAAGCAAGCUGGCGAAGAGAUGCCACUCCGUGAGUCACGCUGGGCGCAAGAGGCGUAA